UUUAGUUGUAGGAAGGUUGAAUUCUUUUAACAUAUUUUGUUUUUGUAGUUACACUAAUAACCGUGGUUUAUGCAAGCCGUGAAAGUCCGCAUCUUGUAGUGAGAGUGACUUGUCUUACUCGAGCAUUUAAUACCAGUUUGUUGGGGGUAAUUUACAAAUUGAUCGCAAAGUAGCUGUCUGACAUAGCUGUCAGUCUUAUACCAUCUAAAUGAGCAUACCAGACCAGGACGGUUUUAAAAUGCUGAUUCGGAUUAACCACAGCUUUUGGGAAAAGAUGCCCACUAUACUGUACUAAGCUGCAAUCGUAACAGAAACAUACCUUUUGAGAGAAAGACUGCAUCUUAAAACUGAAUUGAGGACAUCCAGGAGUUAUAAGUGAUGGCAAUCGACUUUCAGAAACAUCAAUCGUCAUCUGCAGUGAAAAAGCAUGAAACAGUAAACUCUCAAUUGUAUGAAACCCAGCUAAAAUUUAAUAAAGAUGUCCCCACAUUGUCUAAUAACCUGGCAGCAAGAUUUUCUAAUCCUUUACCAAUAGUAAUUGAAAAACUAAGUCAGUCUCAUGAGAAAACUAAAGUGGAAGAUGAUGGCCAGAGCUCUAAAAGUUCCAUACAAUUUUCAGUUGUAUCUGAGGACAGACUCAAUGUGGCUGUUUAUUUGGCAAAGAGGGAUCUGAAACGUAAACAGCUGGAAGAAAAAGUGAGAGACUAUGUGAACACCUUUGGUCAGACAAAGUCCAAAAUGCCUUCUGAAGUGGCUGAAAUGCCCAGACGUAAAACAGAAAAGAAUGUUCAGAGUGAUAUUAAGUCAAAUGCUAAUAAAGCUUUGGAAAACAAGCAACAGCUUAAGCAAGCUUCUAAAGUAGAAGUGACUAGCUCUGGUGCCAAAAUGUAUGUUUAUACUCCUGAUCAGAUAAGGGUUGGACCAGCAUUUUCUGAUUCUCCACCAACUCGUGAUCUUCAAGUAAAACAAAGUCCCAAGAAACAGAACAGCAAAAGUGCACAGGAAAUUGGCAGAUUGCGAAAGGAACUUAGCAGCUAUAUCCAGAAAAUUGAAGAACUGGCAAAGAAAGAGAAGUCUGAAGAAGAACUGGAUCCUGCUGAAAAACACAGGGCUCAGAUAAGAAGGCAGGAGCAGGCCAUUCGCUCAGCCAGAAUGCUAUAUGUCCUUCAGCAGCAGGUAAAAGAUAUCCAGGAUGAGCUAGAAAGGCUGAGUCCUUACAAAAUCAAACAUACCAAAAAGUCUCGUGCAAUGUCUAGAUUGGCUGCUGCUCACAGAGGAGCCGUUCGUGCCUUGCAGAUGUUUGCUACACAGCUGUCUGACCAAUCAGAGCAACGCCUUCCUGCCCACUACAAAGAACUAGGUCAACUAAUUCGACAGCUGUCACUCUGUUCUGCCAAAGUUGAAACCGAUCCUGAUGCUGAGAUCCCAGACGGCAUUAUUGAUAUCCUUCAGCAAGUUGAGGAAUUGGAUUACCUCAUGGAAAAAAAGUCAUCCCCUGAAAAACUGAAGAAAGGACUUCCACAGCCAUGCAGCAGCUCUCCAGUGAACAGGAAGAAGUCACCUGGCAGACAGCAUAGUACAUCACCUGGGAGAGGUAAUAAACCUGCCAUAUCUAAGGAAAAAGUUCCGCAGGAGCAGAGAAAGUCAGCAGCAUCAAGGAGAGUCAUUAAUGAUGUGAUCCAGCAUGCUCCCGGGGCUUCUAGAAUGCAAAACAAAUUAGAUGAAAAACAGCACCUUUCUCAUCCUGGCCAGAUGAAGGAUAUCCAACAACCCUCCGAUCGGAGUGCAGUAUUAAAGGCAGGCCUAGAAGCUUUGUUACACAGAGAUGCCCUAAAAAGAGAAACAAAUCAGCAAGAUGAGCCUAAGACUAAGAAGGGUGUUCUUUUACCCAAACGUUCUCAGGGAUUUCGUCAACCACACGACGAAAGGACUUUACAGUCCCACUUUCAGCAGGCUACAGUUGCUUCUAAGUUAAAGCAAAAUCAGCUAUUUACUAAGGAGAGCAGUAUACCCUGGGUGCCGCCUAAUCCCACUUCUCCACCAGCAUCUCCCAAACGGGGUCCUUGGAAGAAGGAAAAAGAUGUUCUGAAGAGUUCCUUGACAUCAGCUGCAGGUAGAGAUCAUACAGCACUGAUGAAAGAAAUUGUUGAAAAAGAGAGACUAGCAUCUGCUGAAAAUGAAGCUGUUAGACUAGCUUGGCUUGAUUCAGAAACAGCAAGACGGAUGAGAGAACUGAAUCAACUGUGCAAGGAAGAGAUAGAAGAUAUCCGAAAGAUGAGGCUUAAAACUGGUUCUCCAAGCAACUGGGCUGAAAAAGCUGAGAAAGCUGUAAGGGAUCGAAUCCAGCCUCUGUUGAACAGAGCUCAGGAGAUCAGUGAUUCCUGGGAAAGAAAAGCUAAAGUAAAGGAGUCUUCGCUGAAGCACAGGUUGUCGGUGCAGGCAGAGGAGAAAACUGCAGCCAGUGCAGAUUUGCUAGGUGAGAAGCUUCUAGAUGAUUUAUUAGAAGACACAGCAAUGGAGCUCUGGAAUAUAGAACAUAACCAGGAUAUUCACAGGGAGGCUGUAUCUAUGCAGGACAGACCGACACUGGAGACAAUGUUACAAAGAAUGCAGGAAAUGGAGCGAUACCAGGAAGAAGUCCGUAGGCGGUUGACCAAAAUAGUUUAUUCUGAUGCAGACUUCUGGGCUGAAGAAGAAAAACAAGACAGAGGGAUGGCUUCAGCUUUCAAAAGACCAGAGUCCCCAAAGGCAAUCAGAAUAAGCAAACUGGAUAAACGUAGUGAUCAUGAAGUAAAUAUUAUCAUGCAGAAGCCACUGGAUGGAGAGGCAGUGUCUGAAAGUUCAGAAGCAGAUGGCAAAGUGGAGCUGGCUGAUAACUGUUUGACAGCAAAGGCAUAUCAACAAAAGGAGGGCAACACAUUACUGUCUGUGCCAAGUGGAGUGCUACAGAACAUUCAUGAUUACAACCGUAGAUAUGAACAGCACUUAAAACUGAUUUCCCAUGAGGCAGUGGGCAACUUCAACCCAUGGCAUAUUGCUGAGAACCUUGCAGAGGAGCUGAUGGAAGAGGCAUUGGGUGAUGUGGUUGCAGAACUGCAAGAUGUGUGUGAGGAGUAUGCGGAAGCUAUCUUCACUUCUGAGUUCCUGCAACCCACAGAAUAAUUACUUAAGUAUACAGUAUGUGCUGGUACUUAUUCCAGAGUCAUAAAAUGUGCUGCAAAGUAGGCACUACUGUUGGCUUUUAGAAAAUAACAUGCAUUGUCAUCCUGGCAAGAACAAAUAAUAUGUGGUAACACCAGCUGAGUUGCCUAGGAGUUCAAGGAAUUUUUGGAAGUGUCACAUUUAAGAGGUUUAAUUAUUAGAACAUUCACCUCCAAAUGACUUUUCUCCAUUGCAGCUCUUUCUUACAGCGUACUAUAAUUGUAGCUUUGUAUACUGAAGUCAGUAGUUUCAUUCAGUCUUCAAUACUGUUAUUCAGAUAAGUAAAAAAGUUAAUUUCUUACAA